AUGGACCCAUCUAAUGCCCAGGGCUCAAGCCAAAGCCCAUAUCCAUAUGACACAAACCAUGUCAGUGAACUGCUUAAGCGCAAGCGCCGCAUCCGCGGCAUCAAGUCAUGUUUUCCUUGCCGUCAUAGGAAAGUCCGCUGUGACGGUAAUAUGCCAUGCUCUAGUUGCGUGCAGCGUCACCACCCGGAGCUAUGCUGCUUGCCUCCUAAACCAGGGCAUCAGCCGCCUGCUCCUGAUGGGAAUGGUAGCCCUUUCUCUAUGAAUAAGGAUGGGGAUGAAGAAGUACAGGGAACUAGUACUCGCAGCGACAGUAUUUCUGGUGAAAUUCAAUCAAUAUCUAUGCAAGGAAAUAACACUUAUGCCCCGGGUAUUGACCUCAUUCUCAGUCGACUUGACAAGAUGGAUAAGCAGAUAUCUUCCCUCAAGGAAGAGCUUCGACAGACCCGUGCAAAAGCUGGAUCCAGCACAAUUGCCCAAGCCACUCCAGUGCCUGGUGCAGGAUCACCAUUUGUGGGGAAAGGUUCCACGCUUGCCAAAUCUCCUGGAAAGCACUUUGUCGAAGACGCUACCGGCGCUACCAUCUUUCUGGGAAGCCAUUCGGACCCACCAGUCGCUCUGGGAUGUCGACAAGCCCAAGCCGGAAGCGACCCAAUGCUUAAUGAUGCAGCGCUCUUGGAUCAGCUUGUUCCGCGGACGUAUCCGUUCACGAAUCUGUGGAAGCAAGAACCCGGAGCUGGUGAGAUCUGUGAGACUUUACCUGACGAGUCGGAUAUUAUCCGAUAUUGGCAAGUCUACCAAACAAAUGUACACCCCUUUUACCCAGCGCUGGUGACCUACGAGCAAUUCAAUACCUCGCUAUUUGCGUUCUUAAACAGGCGCACAGUGAUAUUGCUCGAAAAUGAGACCUCAAGAUUAGAUGAUGUGGAUUCCUCAUGGCUUGCACUUCUUUUUGCUGUACUUGCGUGUGGAGUGCAGUUCUCGAAUGAUCCCAUCAAAGAGCGUGAUCUACGCUGUAAAGUAUUCAUAUGCUCAUCUUUUCAAUGCCUCCGAGCCUCAAAUUUUUUCAACAACACCAACAUGAACCAGAUCCAGGCGAAGGCGUUGAUCGGGAAUUGCCUGCGCAACAAUCUCGACACUAACAGUGCCUGGAUUUUGAUGGGAUCAACAAUACGUCUUGCGCAGAGUAUCGGACUACACGAAGAGAUAGCCCCAGACAGACAAAGCUCCGCCGUAGAAAAAUUCCAGCGAAAACGCCUAUGGUGGAUGCUAUUAUGGCAAGAUACCUUCCUCUCAUUCACCUACGACCGCCCACCAAACAUAAAUAAGCUAAGCAGCAGCAUACCCCACGACCCAGACGCAGGCCCAGGACGGUCCUUCGCAGAAUGCGUUUGCGCCAUAUGCCAAGUCCUCCUCGAGCGUGCACGACAAGACAACACUGAAACCCCCAGCGAAACACUAUCCUUCAAAAGCCGGAUGGCAGCUAUAUUCGAAGACGCCUCCCCAUUCCUCCGCGACAAGGCCCACUGUCGCAGCCUGCAAGAUCACCUCGAGCGUCUAGCACUAAGUAUCCACUUCUGCUACACAAUCUGUCGUCUCUGCCGGCUGGUCCUGGAGACUGUAUCCAGUGAAGAAUCUAGUCCGGCUGUGGAUGUCGAAUCCAUCAAGGUGGAAUGUAUCGAGUGCGCUGCUCAGGCUGUUGAGAGUUUCUUGGAUAUGCACCGUCUGGCGGCGACGGUGUGUCGAUCAUGGGCGUUUGUUCAUAAUGCUGUUAGUUGUGCACUCACACUUCAAAGCUUGGUCGCAUCCGGUCCGCGGCAUUCGCGUGCUGAUGUGCUGGUUAAUCGGUUGAUUGUUGUUUUGGAGCGGGAGGAACAGCAGUCUGUGUGGCAGGAUACGGAUACUAACGUAAGGUACUUUGGUCCGUAUUCUCGGGCUUUAAAGGCCUUGCGAGAGACUAGUAAUAGUCUGUGA